UCUCUCUCUCUCUCUCUCUCUCUCUCUCUCUCUCUCUCUCUCUCUCUCUCUCUCUCUCUCUCUCUCUCUCUCUCUCUCUCUCUGUCUCUCUCUGUCUCUCUCUCUCUCUCUCUCUCUGUCUCUCUCUCUCUCUCUCUCUCUCUCUCUCUCCCUCUCUCUCUCUCUCUCCCUCUCUCUCUCUCUCUCUCUCUCUCUCUCUCUCUCUCUCUCUCUCUUUCUCUCUCUGUCUCUCUCUCUCUCUCUCUUUCUCUCUUUCUCUCUUUCUCUUUCUCUUUUCAUCACUCUUCCAUUCUCUCUUAUCCUCCCCUCACUCUCUUUUCUCCAGAGUCACUGUCUCAGUUUCAUCCUGUGGAUAUACUGUCUAAGGACGGAGGAGAGGAGAAAGGGAUUGGAUAGAAAGGAUCUGCUGAAUGGGCAUGGAGGACCAAGAGUCUGAGCUGCCGAUGGACCCGGAAAUCUGCUUCGAUCCGCUGUUCAUCGAUGAGAAAGAUAAGUAUGGGAAUGAUGUUGUUGAAGAGGAGACGGGCGCUUCAUUCCAGCCUCUACUGGGAGUUACCAGUACAAACACACUGCUGACGGGCUCAGCUCACAGUCAGUGCUCCCUGUCGGAUACCUACAGAGAGACACACCUGGAUGAGACACAAGCCCAGUUAAAGAACACGGACACCAUGUUUAGGAGUUGUGUAGGAGAAACUACAGACUCUUUUGGGUCUCACCUGUCGACGACGGCCCACACUAACACACAUCUUAGUGGGUUAGGACAGAACCAGCCUCACCUUAGUGGGUUAGGACAGAACCAGCCACCCCUUAGUGGGUUAGGACAGAUCCAGCCACACCUUAGUGGGUUAGAACAGAACCAGCCACCCCUUAGUGGGUUAGAACAGAACCAGCCUCACCUUAGUUGGUUAGAACAGAACCAGCCACCCCUUAGUGGGUUAGGACAGAUCCAGCCACAUCUUAGUGGGUUAGGACAGAACCAGCCACCCCUUAGUGGGUUAGAACAGAACCAGCCUCACCUUAGUGGGUUAGGACAGAACCAGCCUCACCUUAGUGGGUUAGGACAGAACCAGCCUCACCUUAGUGGGUUAGGACAGAUUCAACAACACCUUAGUGGGUUAGGACAGAUUCAGCCACACCUUAGUGGGUUAGGACAGAUCCAGCCUCACCUUAGUGGGUUAGGACAGAACCAGCCACACCUUAGUGGGUUAGGACAGAACCAGCCACCCCUUAGUGGGUUAGAACAGAACCAGCCACAUCUUAGUGUGUUAGGACAGAGCCAGCCACCCCUUAGUGGGUUAGGACAGAACCAGCCUCACCUUAGUGGGUUAGAACAGAACCAGCCACACCUUAGUGGGUUAAGACAGAUCCAGCCACAUCUUAGUGGGUUAGGACAGAUUCAGCCACCCCUUAGUGGGUUAGGACAGAUUCAACAACACCUUAGUGGGUUAGAACAGAACCAGCCACCCCUUAGUGGGUUAGAACAGAUUCAACAACACCUUAGUGGGUUAGGACAGAUUCAACAACACCUUGCUGGGUUAGGACAGAUUCAACCACACCUGAGGGAGAUGGAUGACCUAUUGAAGAGUUGUGAGGACAUGACAGGUGUGUCCAUCGCCUCCUGCCUGUCCACCAGGUACACAGACACACACCUGUCUGGACCAGCUCAGAACCAGAACCAGUCAGACAUACAGAAGAUGGUUGCUAUGAUAGGGAGCUGUGGUGGUAAUGACUGUCACACAGGUGGCUCCAUCCUGACCUACACAGACACACACAUGGAGGAGUCUAGGAACCAGUGCCAAAGUCACCUGAAGGAGGUGGAAUCCAUUUUGGAUCAGAGUGGAGCCACAGGAGCCGCUGUCCAGCCUCAAUUGCCUCCUCUUACCUCCGCAGGCACUCAGCUGAGUGGCACUAUGGCUGAGUAUCAGACAGAGCUAAUGGCGAUGCUGGCCAUGUUAGAGAACUGUAUGGAGGAGGCAGGGAUUACCUUUGACCCUUUAGAGUGGACUUACCCUAGUUUACCCAAAGGAUAUGGCCAACCCAACCCCGACAUGAAUAAGGUAACACAAGACAGACACAUGGAGAGAGGAGGAGCAACACAAGGACACAUGGAGUCUUUGGGAUGUGUGGAUCUGAAGCCAUAUUUGGGAAGUACCUUUGGCCAAUUUGAGCCCCCGAGCUAUCAAGCUAUCUCCACAGAAAGACACUCGGAUGAGUUAGGAGACUGUGGAGAUACACACACAAGAGGGUCCGUGUCCACGGUGUGUGACGAGGACACAGAAGGACAUGUCUCCGGUGUCUCUGUUGGGGACACAGAGGCUCACAUUAUGUGGGGCCAACAACUAGAGACAGGGCUGGGAGGGGUGGAGAUGAGGGGAUCCAUGCAGGAGUUGGAGGGGUUGGGUACUGUGCUAGAGGGGUGCAUCGAGGAGGUGGAGAAACUGGAGAAGAGACGGGAUGAACUGAUGGGAGAGCUGCAGGCACUACGGGAGGAGAAGACGGGGACAGAGGAAGGGAGUGAAGGAGGGCAGGCGGCACAGUUAAACCAGGUGCUGAAUAUUGAGGCCGAUGGGAGGAGGGAGGCGCGGAUGAGGGAGUGGCAGUCUUUGAGGGCUGAGAGGAGUGUGGAGGAGAGGAGGCUGUCCAGUGUGCGUCUGGAGAGGCAGGGUCUUCAGGAGGAGAUGAGGAGGCUGAAGAGGAGGCUGUUCUCUGUCGCCAGGGAGUGUGCUCACAACCAGGUCAUCCUGGCAACCCAGCAGCGUGACGUUGCCCAGCUCAACAAGGAACAGAUGGAACUUGACGCACUGAUCAUCAAGCUGACUGAGGAGGUGUCUCAGCUCCGCUCCACCCACCAGUCCCAGCUCUCCACUCUGCAGUCCCAGCUCCAGACCCGCAGCCAGACACCCAAGCCCAUAGAAGAGAUGACCCAGAGCAAGAGGAACUCAUGUGGGGACAUACAGCAGUACCUGCAGGGAGGGCUCAGAGCCCUGGAGGAAAGAUAUGAGCCAAUGCUUCUGGCCCUGUUGAAGCGGAGGGAGGGGACAUCAGAGGCCCUGGUGAAGGCCAGGCAGCAGGCCCAGGAGCUGAGGGCCCGUCGGGGACCCCUGAGGGAGGAGGGACAGAGGCUGGGGCUGCAGAGAGCCUGUCUGGAGGAGAGACUCAAACUGAUGGAGACCCACAGGAGAGAGGACGUGGAGCAGUACAGGGAGACAGUGGACAGGCUGGAGGAGACUAGCAGAGAGCAGAAGAUGGAGCUACAAAUCCAGAAGAGGAAAACCAAGGAGAUGGAGGAACUGAGAGACAGCCUUACUAAAGAACUCUACCUGUACAGAGGCAUUGCCGAGGACAGUAACAAGAAUGAUCUAGCCAGUGGGAAGGAGGAAACAUGACCACUGGGACAAAUAGAAGUACACUGAGUGUACAAAACAUUAAGAACACCUUCCUAAUAUUGCGUUGCACCCCCCUCCCUGUUGUCCUCAGAACAACCUACAUUCGUCGGGUCAUGGACUCUACAAGGUGUUGAAAGCGUUCCACAGGGAUGCUGGACCAUGUUGACUCUAAUGCUUCCCACAGUUGUGUCAAGUUGGCUGGAUGUCCUUUGGGUGGUGGACCAUUCUUGAUACACACGAAAAACUGUUGAGUGUAAAAGACCCAGUAACGUUGCAGUUCUUGACACAAACCGGUGUGCCUGGCACCUACUACCGUAACUCCGUUCAAAGGCACUUACACAUGUUGUCUUGUCCAUUCACCCUCUGAACGACACACAUACACAAUCCAUGUCUCAAUUGUCUCAACGCUUAAAAAUCCUUCUUCAACCUGUCUCCUCCCCUCUUCAUCUACACUGACUGAAGUGGAUUUAACAGGUGACAUCAAUAAGGGAUCAUAGCUUUCACCUGGAUUCACCUGGUCAGUGCAUGUCAUGGAAAGAGCAGAUGUUCCUAAUGUUUUGUCCACUCGUUGUAAAGAGCAGAUGUUCCUAAUGUUUUGUACACUCAGUGUAAGUCAGUUUUAGGUAACGAGACGGACUGCCCUUUCUCUGUACACAGUCACUUCUAAUAUAACCUUCUUUACAAAUAGACUUUUCUAUACUUUUCAGAUGCAUGUGUGAGUUAUCUGGAACGAUAAGAGAGAGACACUGAAAAAUGUUAUAUUUUAUUAAGGGAAAAAACCCAAGAUGGCUGUUUCGUACACUGGCAGCUGAAACCUGAGUUACCAAUCAGGUUUGGGAAAGAGGUCUUAAACACCAAAAUCUCAACAACAACAUCAUCAUCAUUCUAUAUUUAGACUUUGUUAAACAUCUGUAGAGCAGAAGGUUCUGGAACAGUUUGAAGAUAGAUGUGAUUUUUUUUUGUAUUCUUUUUUUGGAGAACAUUGCGGUCGUG